GUAUGGCAAUGUGAGAACUAGUGCACAAGGCAGUCAGAGAGUGGUUGCAUAAUGGCUAUGGCUACGGUACAUGUGUUAUGCCCAACCUUGGGACUGGGCACUUCCUCGGUUGCAGGUUCACAGCUCCCCCUGGGCUCUUUGGUCGUCAACAGAGCAUCUUCGAUUGCAUACAGAGAGGUGAGGAGAGGCUGUCAGCACAUUUGUCAGAGGAAGGCAACACACAAACCGAUCCUCAGCAGGCAGCAUUCAAUUUCAUCAGACAGCAACUCUGAACAUCAGCCUAGCCCAUUUACACCUUCGGAGACCAUCAGACAGUUCUAUAGUUGCAUCAACAAUAAGGACCAGAAGGAGCUUAGCGAACUCAUCUCAAAUGACUGUUUUUUUGAAGACCAUUCUUUCAUCAAAGCGUUUGAAGGAAAAGAGGAAAUAAUGCAUUUCUUUGAACAGCUCAUGGAAAGCAUAGGUUCAAACGUAAAAUUCAGCAUCGAAAGCAUUUGUGAAGGAGCUAAACUAACAGUUUGGACAACAUGGCACUUAGAGUGGAAAGAGAAACGGAUACCUUUCACUAGAGGCUGCAGCUUCUAUGAAUGUUCAGAACAUGGACAAAGGCUCAUGAUUAAAAAAGCUCGAGUCAUGAUCGAAUCACCAAUCAAGCCAGGUGUACUGGCACUGACUCUAUUGAAGAUGGUCACUCGCAUAUUUGACAACUUCCCAAGGGCGACAGAGAAGUUCCUACUGAGGCCCCAUGACACACUAAGUUUGCUACUGAAGAUCUACAAUAUAUUCCUUGAGCCUUUAAUCUAUCCACUUCUAGUUUUCUACAUCAACCUCUGGAAACUCGUCUCUCAAUCACUAGGUUACAUAUUCAACAUUUUGAUCACCGUGUUAAAGAUUUUUAUCAAAUAGAGACAGAAGUAAGCUACUUCAUACCA